CAUGCUAGUCUCGUCUUCCGAAUUGCUUGGUGCACAGCAUGAAGGAGAUGCUUGGAGGGUGCUGCGUGUGUUCUGACGAGAGGGGUUGGACUGAAAAUCCACUGGUCUAUUGCGAUGGCCAGGGCUGCACUGUUGCCGUACACCAAGCCUGUUAUGGUAUCGUCACGGUACCUACAGGGCCAUGGUACUGCAGGAAAUGUGAAUCACAGGAGAGAAGUGCGCGUGUGCGUUGUGAAUUGUGUCCAAGCCGUGAUGGAGCUCUUAAGAGGACAGAUCAGGCUGGUUGGGCGCACGUGGUUUGUGCGCUCUAUAUACCGGAGGUACGAUUCGGUAACGUGACGACAAUGGAGCCGAUUAUUUUACAACUAAUACCAUCUGAAAGGUUCAGUAAGUCGUGCUAUAUUUGCGAAGAACAAGGAAGAGGUAGUAGAGCAAAUGUGGGAGCCUGUAUGCAGUGCAACAAGACUGGCUGCAGGCAGCAGUUUCAUGUAACGUGUGCUCAGGCUCUCGGGUUGCUCUGCGAGGAAGCUGGCAACUAUCUGGACAAUGUGAAAUAUUGUGGAUACUGUCAGCAUCAUUACUCCAAACUGAAAAAGGGUGGUAACGUUAAGACAAUACCACCGUACAAGCCAAUACCAGCAGAUAAUGGCUCGUCAGACUCAUCUCCUGAAAAGGAAGCAGAGACCCCGAUUAAAUCUUCGUCAAGUGGUAAACGAAAGAGUUCAAGUUCCAAAUCCACUACAAAUUCUAAAAACAAAUCAAAUACUAGUCCAAGCCUAGAAAUAAAUGGCGUAGCCGACGACAAAACCGGCAGCGGCCGUAACACACCCAAAGACAACACCACAAAUUCCAGUAAAUUCACAACUUCAAACUUCGUAGAGACAAUCGUGACCCAGUCGGAGAGCGUGUUCGGCCACGACGGCACUGCCUCAACCACUGCCUCGGGGACGAUUAAAUCGGGAUCGAACACGAGCUCCAGCCACAAAAACAGUGGGGGGCAAACGAAAACGAACACGUCGGCGUCGAGCAAGUCGUCGAGCCACAAUAAAAAGCGAAAGACCGGAGCGCGUACGCCGACCGUGAUUGGUAACGAGAACUCGAAUCAGUCGGUCAGCUCCGAGGCAAGCGGCUCCGUUGUGGUUGCUGUUAGCUCAAUCGUCCAGCAAGCUGUGUCCACCAACAAUGUACAAACAACCAUAACAGAGGCCACGAGUCUGAGCACGACCACGGAACCGGAAAAAUCGAAAAAGUUGAAAGUCGAGAGUCCCAUUCAGUCUUCGUCGAACACACCAGUGAGUACAGAAGCGACCACCACACCUGUGAUAAUGGCAGUAACGCAGUCUCAGUCUUCAGUCGUUACACAGUCACCUACGACUACUUCGAACAGUAUAGUCGUCUCUGUACCACUGACUGCGACCUCGCUACCCAGCACCGUGCAGAGCGUAGUGACGAGUGCUCCAACGUUGUACCAACAGUUGCAACAGAGUAUAAUCACCACAGCAGCAGCUACGGAACCAAGGUCCAGUGCUAUGCCCAAUCCUGCUGAAGAUGCUCCUGCAAAGAGGUCCCGGUUUCUGUGCUCCUUUAGCUCUCAGUCGUCAGACAAGCAGGAAAAGUCCCGGAAACCAAAGCGUGGCUCGUCGAAUAGUCAACCGGCACUGUUGCAAGCACAGCAACAGUCGCAGCAUCAACCACCUCAUCUGACAGCUUCCUCUGUGGUAACAUCGGUGUCCAGUUCUGCUGUGGUAUCGACAUCCAAGAGAGGGGGAAGAAACAAUCAUCAGACACCACCACCUGCUGUAACUGUGGCACCAGUGCCAUCCAUCAUACAGGGACCCACGUUGAGUGGAGGUCAUUUCAGCAGUGUUGGUAUCGGGGGAGCAAAUACGAUGGGUCCUACUGUUAAAGAGUCCCCUCCAAGCAGUCCUGGUUCCGAGAGUAUGAGCAGUACUGGACCAGGAAGACGGAAAAGGAAGAGUGCCAGUGCAGCGUCCACAACACCUACACCCUCUGCAUCCAGCACACCGACACUCACCAAUCCUAAAGAAGAGAAGGAUGUCAAGCUGUUUCAGAAUGGAGUCAGUGCACCUCACAUGUUAGGCAAUCAGCUGAAUCCAUCUUCAACAAUGGCGCAGAAAAUGUCUGACACACUGUCUCAAGAACUGGAGGCUCACUCUAUUUUCACGGAAGCUAGUAAUUCUACCCAGACCUUAGUUGGCCCACAGCUGCACAGUCGAGUUAUAGCAUCUCAGAUACGAUCGAAUCAAACGGGUGCACCACCCACGUCGUUUUCGUCGGUGUUCAACACAGCGGGCAAUACCAAUACGGUCACCAAUGCCAGCGCCAGUACAAGCACCACCAACGCGCUGGGUGGUGGAGCAAUACCUCAAACACUGGAUCAGCUACUGGAGAGGCAAUGGGAGCAGGGCAGUCAGUUUCUCAUGGAGCAGGCCCAGCACUUUGACAUCGCCUCUCUACUGUCCUGUCUUCACCAGUUAAGAGCAGAGAACCUUAGGCUAGAGGAACAUGUAAAUAGUCUUUUACAGAGGAGAGAUCACCUAUUGGCUGUGAACGCUAGGCUCGCUAUUCCACUGACCAGUCAACCCAACACACACCCAGCGAAUAAUAUACAUCCAACGGUCAAUCCAUCUCAUCCAAGCAUCCCUCACCCCGACGUCCCACCAGGUGCUGCUGCUCCAGUGCCUCGAGUCACCAGAGAACCACGAGUGAACAACACGUACAUGCCUCAUUCCAGUUCCAGUAACCAUUCUGCAACAUUGGAGAACGGCUUACCACCCGAUCCAUCGCCACCAGCCGCAGCCUCGUUGUCCCAGUAUCAACACAGGACGUCGCUGGUUGCACCGCAACCGAGUCCCACGAUCAGGCACAGCCCAGCCGGGAGCGGUUACCAUCAGGGCCAACCGAGCAACAUAGUCUCCCCUGCGCCAGCUAGCAAUCCUGGAGUGGUCAGGAACUCCUCCGUCACUCCAGAUCCGCUGCGUGGAGUACCAAGGUCAGUGCCACAGUCAUCGAGCAAUUACAUGUCCUCGAUGUACCAACCACCCACUAUGUCCAGUCUGACGAGUAAUCAAGUAGGUAAUGUUCAUAACCUUCAUUCACAUGGACCUUCUCCGCCCAGCCACGGACCACCUGGGAAACCCAGCUGAAGAUAGGCGGAUGGAUCGGAGAUAUA